UAAAUCUCGCAGAGCUAAAUAUAUGUAAUGUUUUCUCACUACUAUUACAAAAUAUAUGGGUCCAUGUAACACAAACAAAUCCAACGGCCCUUAUUAACCAUCAUCACCCAUAUUACAAUACACUCUCAUUGAGCCACCCCCUGACUACACUUUUUCCCCUCUUUCAUGCCCACCAAAAUAUGUCACCAUUUUUCACCUUCAUUUCUGUUUGCCUAACCAUUUUCUCACUUGUAAAUGGUGGUUCAAUAGGUGUAAACUAUGGCCGAGUUGCCAAUAACUUACCAUCACCUUCAAAAGUUGUUGACCUCUUAAAAUCACAAGGUAUCAGCCGGGUCAAGGUUUACGACACUGACCCGGUUGUACUAAAGUCAUUAUCUGGUUCGGGAAUAAAGGUGACAGUAGACCUCCCGAACCAGUUACUCAAAACCGCCGCCAAAAAACAGUCAUUUGCUACAAACUGGGUGGAACGCAACAUUGCUGCAUACCACCCAGAUACACAAAUCGAAGCCAUUGCUGUAGGCAAUGAAGUCUUCGUUGACCCAGGUAACACAACCGGGUUUCUUGUACCCGCUAUGAAAAAUCUACAUCAAGCUCUUGUGAAUUAUAAUCUACAUUCCUAUAUUAAAAUAUCAUCACCGGUUGCAUUAAGUGCGUUACAAAACUCAUACCCAUCGUCAGCCGGUUCUUUCCGGUCCGAACUUAUUGAACCGGUUUUCAAACCCAUGUUUGAAUUUUUACGACAAACCGGGUCUUACCUUAUGGUAAAUGCGUACCCGUUUUUCGCAUACGAGUCAAACUCGGAUGUUAUCUCGCUAGACUACGCCUUGUUUCGUGAAAACCCAGGCGUAGUCGACGCGGGUAACGGUAUACGUUACUUUAGUCUUUUUGAUGCGCAAAUCGAUGCAGUGUUUGCCGCAAUGUCGGCAUUACACUACAACGAUAUCCCGUUAGUUGUCACCGAGACGGGUUGGCCUUCUAAAGGUGACAACAACGAGAUAGGCGCCAGCAUUGAAAAUGCUGCAGCCUAUAAUGGAAAUUUAGUAAAACGUAUACUUACUAGUUCGGGUACACCCCUCCGCCCAAAGGCGGAGCUGACCGUCUUUUUGUUCGCGUUAUUUAACGAGAACAAUAAAGACGGGCCGUCUUCUGAGCGGAACUACGGGUUGUUUUACCCGAACCGGGAAAAAGUAUACCACGUGCCAUUUACAGCCGAGGAUUUAAGGGUCUAUAAAGACAAACGAUCCCCGGCUGUAGGUGACAUUGGCGGUGGUCAGGUAAGAGUUUCCACACCCGGUAAAGGUUCCGGGUCGGAAUCCGGGUCGGGUCAGACGUGGUGUGUGGCAAGUAAUGUGGAGAAACAAAGACUACAAAUGGCUUUAGAUUUUGCUUGUGGGGAAGGAGGUGCUGAUUGCCGUCCGAUCCAGCCCGGUUCCACGUGUUAUGAUCCUAACACGUUAGAAGCCCACGCUUCAUUUGCGUUUAAUAGCUAUUAUCAAAAAACCGGCCGGGCUGGCGGGUCGUGUUAUUUUGGUGGGGCCGCUCAUAUUGUUACUGAACCACCUAAAUUUGGGAAAUGUGAGUUCACCUAAACAGACGAAGGUUCAAGGGAUGUUAGUAUUCGUUGUAGAUUUAUAGUUUCUUUAUGUUUAGUUGGUUAUAAUUGUAAUGGAUCAUCUAAUAUAUUCAUUUUCAAAUAGUUAUUGCAUUAUCAUUAGUAUCUUUUUGUUAAGUAAAUUAGAUUUGUGUUUUGUA